UCCGCUCCAACAAGAUGAAAGAAACUAUCAUGAACCAGGAGAAACUCACCAAACUGCAAGCACAAGUGCCCAUUGGUGGGAAAGGAACUGCUCGCCGAAAGAAGAUGGUUCAUAGAACAGCUACAGCAGAUGAUAAAAAACUUCAGUUCUCCUUAAAGAAGUUAGGGGUAAACAAUAUCUCUGGUAUUGAAGAAGCGAAUAUGUUCACAAACCAAGGAACAGUGAUCCACUUUAACAACCCCAGAGUUCAGGCAUCGCUGGCAGCGAACACUUUCACCAUUACAGGCCAUGCUGAGACAAAGCAGCUGACAGAAAUGCUACCCAGUAUCUUAAACCAACUUGGUGCAGACAGUCUGACUAGUUGAAGACUGGCUGAAGCUCUGCCCAAACAAUCUGUGGAUGGAAAAGCACCACUUGCUACCGGAGAGGAUGAUGAUGAUGAAGUUCCAGGUCUUGUGGAGAAUUUUGAUGACGCUUCCAAGAAUGAAGCAAACUGAAUUGAGUCAACUUCUGAAGAAAAUAAAACUUGAAGAAGUUACUGGGAGCUGCU